UUAAAAUGGCGGCCCACAGGUCGAGCCAAAUUUUGUCAUUCUUGUUGGUUAUAUUUGUGUGUUUUCAGACCAUAGGAGGAACAAGAAAGGGAGAUCAAAGGUCAAAUGGAGAUGAGUUUUCAGGGUCUGUAUACUCAUCAGACAACUCGCUGACAAUUGAACACUCUUUCGAGUCAGGAUCCAACAGUAAGUUCACCACUAGGGGUACCCUCAACUUCCGAUCACUGAAGUCUGGUCCUGGAGCAUUCGUUCAAACCACAGUACUCACAGCGGGAGAGAAAAGGAAGCUAAAGGAGUUAUCAAGAACUGAAGGUCUCUACAAAAUCAGAGUUCCCUCUAAGCUAGGAGCUCCAGCAGACAAUGAAGAGAUACAGUACGUCUCCACCUUUACAAAAGCUUGCGCUCUUGUGGAGUCACGCCUCUCCGAUCAUGUGACAGUCCAUGCUGACCAAUCAGGGAAUGUUAUGGGCGUCAGUGUCCUAACACUCAAGGGGUCAUGUGAUCAAAUUGAGAUGGAAUCAACCUCCCUGAAUUACUUCAAUACGACGGUUUCUUUAGAAAUGACAGUAUCAGCACCAGUGCCAGAGACUCAAGUCUACGUUCAAAGGAUGGAAGAGGAGAAAGUACAGAAAGAAAAGGGUUCCUCGGCUGACAAUCGCUCCUUCUUUGCAAAAUAUUGGAUGUACAUCGUCCCAGUUGUUAUAUUUGUCAUGAUGUCCAGCGGGCAACAGGAUUCUGGUGGUAGAGGAGGGGGCGGAGGAGGAAGUUAAUCAUAGAAAAUACGCCUUCACAACUGAAUUGUAACCUGGAGAGCACCAAGUACAUCUGUGUAAAUCCUCAAGGUGUUUUCCAGGUUGUCCUGCUAUGGGGGUUCAUUUUCCUGUAUAAGGAAUUUAAAACUAGAAAAGUAAUUGUUGAUUUUGGUGAUCGUUGUGGUUUAGUAAAAUUGUGAUAAUGGUUAUUUAUAAAAUUUAUGUGUAGAUUUCAUGAAGUCUGCACAGUGGGAACUUUCUAAUUGGACCGGACAAGUAGUUUUGAUUAAGUAUUUCUUGCACGCACAUGGACCACUGGAAUGUUCUAACUGAGCGCUCAAAAUACUUGUGUAGGAUUACUGUAAUACUUUAAGCACAAGGAUGAAGUCUAGCAGAAUACAGCGCACAAACAUUAGUAUCCUGGUCAUUGGGCAAAUAACAUUCCUGUAAUCCUUCUCAGCUCCCUGGGGAGUAUACAGCCUCGGACUGCCAUGGCGCUCCAGUGGUUUUUUCAAACACAAUAUCAACCUCUACCCUCGCAGGUAACCAUAUAACCCUGGGUGAAGAGAAGUCAAGGAUAAGAGUCAUGACCAGGAUUCUCUGUUAGAAUAUUUGUUGACUUUGUACUUUUAAAGAUGAAAAUAAAACAUAAUUUUUACCCACAUCUCUAUAAAUCUUGCAUUAUUUUAUUUGAAUAAUCACACAAGGCAUUUGCCUGAAUGUUUAUGUAUGGAAUUAAUUAAAGGUGAAUGACAAAGCUGCUAAGCAGAGAUGAUGAGAACAAUGGUAAUCAUCUAUUGAUGCUUCUCCAAACUGUGCUUAGCAGGUUUUUCAAAUGAAUCCCUGGCCCCAAAUUCAUAGAGAUGCUUAAGCAAAACACAUUGCAUAACAAUCUUGGUAGAAACGCACAGGAUACCAGUCACAAAUGUUAUUUGCAACAAAGUAUUUUUGAUUGUGCUUAGCUACUUUUUAUGCUUAAGCAGCUCUAUUAAAUUGUGUCCUGGAUAUGCCGACAUAAAACCACCAUGCACAUACAUGUAUCGAGCACCAAAUGUUCCUGUUACCUUUUUCUGCUUAGUAGAUUGUUAUAUGCUUAGCAGCUUUGUGACAUUCUUCCCUAUUAUGUGAUAUGUUUCAAUUUAUAUACAUUAUUACCAAUUUAAGUUAUCUCCAUAACGGGUGAAUUCUUCUAAAUAUGUGGAGGAAUAAACUCUGCACCAACAAACACCUCGGACAUGUACAGCAACAGAUGGUUAUCAAACUAAAUCAAAAUAAGCGAGGAACCAGUAAGAAACAGUUCGCACAACAUGGUAUUUUGGCUGGUAACGAAUUUCAACCAGUGUGUGUUUUUGUGUCGGAAUUGGCGACUACGGCUGUUGCUAUGGUUGUUGCUAUGGGCAACCUGUGCUUUAAAUUAAGUUUCGAUGACGAUCAACCCAAAGCCACUAAUCCAGACCUGACCAUAGCUCUAUAAACAUUUUUGUAUCAAUUUUUGGUGGAUAUUUGUAACAUCUAAUCAAAGUUCCUAUAAAAACGGCCCAUACUGAUACAACAACAUCUCAGUUACCUCUAAAAUAAUUUACAAUGAAUUAAUUCACAUGACAUGCCUUUUUAAAUACAUGUAAAAUUAUACAAUUUAACUCGCUGAUUCAUCCAGACUAUAUAUAUAUAUAUACAUAGAUCUAUAUCAUAUAUAGGGAUAGGUACCAUUUAACCAAAGUGAGGACAGUAUCUAAUAACCAAUCUAACAAAACUAAUAAAUGGAAGAUGACUAAAUAGUAUUGAUUGUUAAAUAUUAAAAUCAUAAUAACACAGACUCUGAAAACUCAAUUGCGUGUAUUCUGCAGUGAUGUGCAGAUACAUGUUUCAACUCACAGAAGAAACUACCAUGGAGAAAAUCAUAUUAAUAUCAAUAUCCUGUUGAAAUUCACAAGUCAUCAAUAUCCACAAAUUAUCAAAAACAACAAAUCAUCAAUAUUGGCAAAUUAUCAAUAUCGGCAACUGAUCAAUAUCGGCAGAUUAUUGACAUCCCUAAAUUAUUGAUCGGCAAAUAAUUGAUAUCUGUGGCAUAUAAUUAUUCAUAAUAUACCAACAUCCAUAAUUUAUCAAUAUCCACAACUCAUUAAAUCCACUAAUAUUGUUUGAAUUCAACAAUUUGUUUGAUAAUCCUGACGUCCAAUCUUAUUCCUACUUUCUUGUAAAACCACGGAAGCACAUCCUACGCAAAAACAGAAGCCCUCUACCACAAAACGUGAGACAAAACAAAAGUAAGUUGAAUAAAAAACAUAAAUAAAUACAACGCUCAUGAUUAGAACAUUCUGAACUUUGGUUAAAUAUUCCUGUGUUUGGUAUGAACAACAAAUAUAACAACAAAUAUAACAGUUUGAAUUCUCUUCAGGAAUUUUGAGACCUGCUGAAUAUUCAUGAGAUAAUUAUACAUGCAAAAUAUAAAGCUUCUGAUUUACAUAAAUUAUAAUACCUCUUUUAGCAUUGAAGUAUUCAGUACAUUAGUUAUGUGAGAUUAUUUAUCUGAGAUUAAUACAAAAAGUGUUUUACAUACAGUUCGAAUCUGACUAGGUUUCAUUAUUUUAAAUUGCAUUUAAAUAAACUCAAUAAAUUCAUGUCAUCAAACAAAGAAAACAAAAUACUUGUUUAUAUUCCCUUAACAGAUGAUUUAUAAGAAGUAUAUGUACUGCACCACAUAAUACUCAUGAUUAGUUUACUAAUGUGUAACCGUGGCCCAAUUUCAUAAACCUGCUUAAGCUGGGACUGAUGCUUAACAAUGUUAUGCUGAGCAAAAACAAGCAGGGUACCAGUCACAUUAUACACGUGACGUGGUAUUCAAGCGGCUGGUAACCUUAUUCUGGUAGGCAUUACUAUGUUGUGCUUAGCUACUUAGUGUGCUUAAGCAACUCUAUGAAAUUGGGGCCAUGGCUUUAUCAGAAGAAGCUAAUGCAAAAAGAAUUAUUUGAUGUUUAUUCCAACUCUGCAAUGUAACAAGCAAUAAUGCAAUCAAUAAAACAAAUUGUUGAAAUGAAAUGCCCAUUUUUUGGUAAUAAAAUGAAAACAACAGAUGAAUACAACAA